UACUACGUCCACUAUACAGAGCACUGGAGGCCCAGCCAUCUCUGCUUCCACACCAUCCACAAACCAAACACUCUUUUACCAAAGCUAGAGGCAGCAAGAACUCUUUGAGCAAGCAACAAUGGAGAGAUUUUUGGUGAGCGCGUCCACGGGAGCGAUGUCUUCGCUCUUGGGGAAGUUGGCCACCAUCAUUAGCGAUGAAUUCAAGCUGCUCAAGGGUGUCCGUGCUGACAUCAGGUUUUUGAAAGAUGAGCUUGAGGCCAUGCAAGCAUUCCUUAUGGUGAUGGCAGACAUAGAGGAACCUGACAAGCAAACUAAGCUUCGUGCGGAUGCUGUGAGAGGGAUGUCUUACGAGAUCGAGGACAACAUCGACAAGUUCAUGGUACUGGUUGAACGUGAGCCCAGAUCUGAGUCUGAUGGGUUCGCGAAACUUUUCAACAGUAGUAUGAAGAAGAUAGGAGACAUCAAGAUCCGCCAUAAGAUUGCCAAGGAUGUCAAGGACAUCAAAAACCAAGUCAAAGAGGUCAACAAGAGAUACGCAAGGUACAAGAUCGACGAAUCUUCCAGGCCUAGAGUUGAAAAGACUGACCCUCGACUUCGCGCCAUCUAUAAGGACACAUCAGAGCUUAUUGGCAUCGAAGGACCGAGAGAUGAUAUUGUCCAAUGGUUGAGCAACGAAAAAGGUGAAUCAGUGCAUCAGUUAAAAGUUGUCUCUAUCGUUGGAUAUGGGGGAUUAGGCAAGACCACUCUUGCCAGACAGGUGUACGAGAAGCUUGGAUCAAAUUACAAAUGUCGGGCAUUUGUGUCAAUUUCACGUACUCCUGACAUGACAAAAAUCUUGAGUUCUAUAUUAUCUCAACUUCGCAACCAAGAUUAUGCUCAUGUAGGGGAUACACAACUCAUCAUCGAACAAAUCAGAAACUUUUUGAAAGAUAAAAGGUACUUCAUCGUAAUUGACGAUGUAUGGGAUGUGCAAACAUGGCAAGCUAUGGAGUGUGCACUGGUCAGGAACAGUUGUGGUAGUUUAAUAAUGACCACAACACGUAUAAAUGAUGUAGCUAAAUCUUGCUGCUCAUCUGAUAAGGAUCUUGUCUACAAGAUCCAACCACUUAAUGAUGUUCACUCAAAGAAGUUGUUUUUCAAGAGAAUAUUUGGUUCAGAAGAAAAGUGUCCCGCUAACUUGAAAGAAGCCUCGGAAGGUAUUGUAAAAAGAUGUGGUGGUUUACCAUUGGCCCUCAAUGCCAUAUCUAGCUUAUUGGCUACUGGGAAAACAAAACAAGAGUGGGAUCAUGUUCAAAGUUCUAUCGGCUUUGCUCGUGGCAAAAAUUAUGAGAUUGAUGCCAUGAAUUACAUAUUAUCUCUAAGCUACUUUGACCUUCCCCUCCAUCUAAGAAGUUGCCUAUUGUACCUGACCAUGUUUCCUGAAGAUUAUGAGAUUCAAAAGGAGCGGCUAGUGCACAGAUGGAUGGCCGAAGGUUUCAUCCGUGGUGAAGAUGGGGAAGAUCUCGUUGAACUAGGAGAAGCAUAUUUUCAUGAGCUUAUUAACAGAAGUUUAAUACAGGAAGUGGGCAUAGGGUAUGAUGGCAAGGCACAAGCUUGCCGAGUUCAUGACACUGUCCUUGAUUUCCUCAUUUACAAGUCCACCCAUGAGAACUUCUGUACCUUGCUGAGCACCCAUUCAAAGACAGAUAGCAGAGUUCGUCGGUUAUCUCUGAUGGGAGAUGAUGAUCAAGGAAAUCUGGAGCAGCUAGAUUUGUCACAUGCUCGAUCACUUGGUGCUUUUGGGAAAUCACGAGAAUAUUUGCCUUCCCUCGUGAAGUUAAAUGCCCUGCGCGUGUUGGACGUAUUUCAUUGUCAUGCAUUUAAAAAUCAUCAUAUCAAAGAUAUUGGAAGACUUUUUCAGCUGAGGUACUUGAAUCUCUGUUGGACAGUAAUAUCUGAGCUUCCUAGUCAGAUUGGAGACCUAAAGUUUCUGGAGACGCUUGAUGUCUUCGGCACAAAAUUAUCUCAUCUUCCUCAAUCAGUUACUCAGUUAAGACGCCUAGCACGGCUAUUUGUUCCAGCAGGACUGAAAUUGCCUGAUGGGAUUGGAAACAUGACGAGCUUGCAAGAGAUUAAGGACAUAAACACAUUUGUGCAAUCAGAGAAUGUUCUGGAAGAUCUGGGAAAUCUAACAGAUAUGAGGAAGCUGAAAAUUACCUGGGACUCAGCUAAAUCUGACAAAGCAAGUUCGAAGGAAAAAAUUUUAGUGUCCUCCCUCUGUAAACUGGACCAGUUCAAGCUUCGUAACCUGGUAGUUUCGAUCUUUUUGGCAGAAAAUGAUUUGACAUUCAUACGACAUCCGUUUUUUCCUUCUCUACAUAGCAUCAGAGCGAUUUUUCUUCGCCGUGGGCAACUCCGUUGGAUUUCCAAAUGGCUUAUUUCACUUGCCAACCUGGAAAAUCUAGGUGUGGACGCGGAGGAGAUAGAGCAGCAGGAUGUUGAGAUGGUUGGAAGCAUCCCUACUCUGCUGGAAUACAAUCAGUUCUCUCAAUGCGCAGGACCCGUCAUCAUCAGGGGAGGAUUUCAACAGUUACAAAGUCUUGAGUUCGUGUUGACAGUCAGUGGUGGGUUGAUGUUUGAAGUGGGGGCUAUGCCGAACCUGAAGACGUUUUACCUCCAUAUUUUCAUACAUAAGUUUAAACCUGGUGGUUUUGAUUUUGGCAUCCAGCACCUCUCGAGCCUUGCUUUUCUCCGUGUCGGCAUAUUUUGUGGUGGCGUAAGGGCUGCAGAUGUGGAGGCUGCGGAGGGUGCUUUCAAGAGCAUGACCGACGCACACCCUAAGCGUCCUACACUGGAAACUAGUAGAAGACGCACAGAGGACAUGCUACAGGAUGAGUAAAAAAAGGUUUUUUCCUAAUUCAUCACGAUCUCAAUUUGCAAUAAUGGAAUCAGUCCUACAAGUUUCAGUUUCUGUGCCAGAAUGGACCGGUGCUCCAGUAGCAUGGGUCUGUGUCCCAGUGUAAAUAAAGGGUGAAACAAGAUGCUGCAUCCCUUUAGCUUUUAAUAACCUGUAAUAGAUUAAUGUAUCAGCCGUAGCUCGAGUUUUUUUUUUUGUUCUUUCUGUUAUGAUUUAUUAUUCCUUUCCUUGCACGCAUAUGGUUAUGCACUCAUCCUGUUCCAAAGACCUCGGUAUGUAAUUAUGUUGUGAAAAUAAAUGGGCAAGUAUUGUCA